CAGCCCAAAUCGCAUUAGUUUCACUUGGUCCGUCGACGGUUCUGUUUCACCAUUCAGAUCCUCUCUCUUCUCGGCGCCUCCCGAACUCGCAAUCCUUUAACAAUGGCUGACGCUUUGGACACAGAGCAGGUGCAGUUAUUCCGCCGAGCUUUCUCCAUGUUCGACUCGGGCAAGACAGGCCGCAUUGAGAAAGAGAAAGUUCGCACAAUCCUGAACACAUUAGGCCACACUUACGAUGACUCGGAACUUGAGUCGCUGCUUGUGGCUGAAGAUGCCGAAGGUUCGGGAAAAUUGGAUUUUGAUGCCUUCUGUCGAGUGGCCGGUCGAUUCGCCGAGGAGGAUGACGAGGCACUCCAGAAGGAGCUGAAGGAAGCGUUUCGUCUCUACGACAAAGAAGGAAAUGGCUACAUCCCAACGUCUUCACUCCGUGAGAUUCUCGCCGCUCUCGAUGAUCAGCUGACGAGCGAUCAGCUGAACGAGAUGAUCGCCGAAAUCGACACCGAUUCCUCCGGCACGGUGGACUUCGACGAAUUCAUGGAAAUGAUGACAGGCGAUUAAGUGGCGUUGCAAGUGAAAUUUUUUAUCCAAACUUUAUCUUCACACACGGAAAUAUUUGGACUGCAAUAAAUUAAUGUCAUUCAGAGAGAACAAAUUUUACAAUAAAUCCUUUUUCAACAAUUCCAAAA